GGGGGCGCUGUGUUCCGCCAUUUUGCUUCCAUUGCACAUGAGAAGCACGUUUGUUUAAGAAUUCUUCCAUAUUUUACCAAAUGGAGGGUCAUUUUAUUCCACCGACGAUACAGGACAACCCAAAUGGUUGGGGUCCUCGAGAAAUUCCCGGACAGUUCAAAGAUAUGCCUUAUCAACCAUUUUCAAAGGGAGAUCGCCUUGGGAAGGUUUCAGAUUGGACUGGUGCAACCUAUCAGGAUAAGCGAUAUUUAAUUGGGAAAUAUUCUUCACAAUUUGGUUCUGGUACCCAGUAUGCAUAUUACCAUGAAGAGGAUGAGUCUUCGUUUCAACUGGUGGAUACAACUAAGAUACAGAGACCCUUGUAUCAAAGAAAUAGGUUCAGAAUGAACCAGCGAAAUAUUCGAAGAGAUCGUGAACGUCGAGAACAGAGAGCUACUGCCAGCAUGCAGACUCUGACAAAGGCUCAGAAAGAAAGACAACGCCAACUUAAACGCUUACAGAAGCAGUUUGGUAGACAGAAAUGGGGUGACAACAGAUCUCAGAAAGGACCACAGAAAAACAGAGAUGCUUCAGUUGAAGUCAGACACUCUUGGAAAGUUGAAGAAGAGAUGGAUUUCCCAAGACUGAGUAAAUUGAAGUUCAUGGAUUUAAAAGACCCCCAAGAUCUUACUUGCGCUGGGGCUAUGGAGUACUAUGAUAAAAAUUAUGAUAGAGUGACUACUAAGCUAGACAAGAGACUGAAGAGAGUAAAUCGUAUAUUUCAUAAAGUGACCACAACUGAUGAUCCUAUUAUUCGUAAGCUUGCAUCCAAAGGCAAUGUGUUUGCCACUGAUAUAAUUCUAGCUACAUUGAUGUGUUGUACAAGAUCAGUGUAUUCAUGGGAUGUGGUUGUACAGCAUGUUGGUGGGAAACUUUUCUUUGACAAAAGAGAUGACUCUGAAUUUGAUUUGCUCACUGUUAAUGAGACAGCCACAGAACCUCCACAAGAUGAGGGAAAUCACAUCAAUGCACCUAGAAAUCUAGCAUUGGAAGCUACUUUUGUCAACCAUAACUUCUCUCAACAGUGUCUAAAAAUGGGUCCUGGUAAUGAAAAAUAUCGUUAUGGUACUCCCAAUCCUUUUUCACAAGAUGCAGAUGAUGGGGAAAUCGCAUCUGUAGGAUACAGGUAUCGUAAAUGGGAUCUCGGAGAUGAAAUAGAAUUAAUAGUACGCUGUGAACAUGACGGUGUAAUGAUAGGAUCCAAUGGAGAAACACAGUUUGUUAACAUCAAGACACUCAAUGAAUGGGACUCUAAGGCGAGUAGUGCUGUUGAUUGGCGUCAAAAAUUAGACUUGCAACGUGGUGCCAUAUUGGCCACAGAAUUGAAGAAUAACAGUUUCAAACUAGCAAAGUGGACAACGUGUGCUCUCUUAGCAGGCUCCGAUCAAAUUAAAUUUGGGUAUGUUUCAAGAGUAAACCCCAAAGAUUCAUCCAAACAUGUUAUUCUUGGAACCCAGCAGUUCAAACCAAGUGAGUUUGCCUCACAGAUAAAUCUCAAUAUGGACAAUGCAUGGGGUGUUCUCAGAUGCAUCAUUGAUAUAUGUAGAAAACUACCAGAAGGAAAAUUCCUCAUCAUGAAAGACCCAAAUAAACCUGUGGUAAGAGUAUACGAUAUCCCUGAUAGUACAUUUGAAACUGAUGAAGAAGAUGAGGACGAUGAUGAUGACGAUGAGGAUGAUAAUGAUGAUAAUGGUAAGGCUCCAAGACAUGGUUACACCAAGAUGACUUAAAUGUUGAGUUAGCCAGCUAGCAUUUAGUAAUCAUUGUAUUUGAACUCGACCUAGCCUACCUGGUACAGCCCAGCAGAAAUGAUACUCUUGACAAUACAAAUUUUGUUUGUUUGUUUGUGUUCCACACUUGCUAUACUCCUCAUAAUCUGUGUUUGUUCUUACUAAUUGGCUAACUAUUCAUUUCCACAACAAAACAACCUGACUUUUUCCUGAUGGGAACCGUCAUAAUAAUAUAGUUGUCCUGCUGAGUUGGCAUAGUCUGUGUUUUACCAAGGCAUAGUUCUUGAACUUCUUUUAUGUCAUAUUUCAGAUGACGAUGAUUGACGAUGGUUCUGGACGUUGUGGUUGCAAUUCCACAGUGGUCUGACUACAGAUAUGCACAUUAACUUGAUGAGACAUCUCUCUGCCAAUAUCAAAUGAUCAUUUUCAUAUUGUCACAACUUCUCAUCAAGUUCCCAUAGAAUAACAAUAAUUUCAUGUUCACCGCACGUCAUUAAUCAUAAAUGUAUUCAACUGCAGAUUAUUUUAGUUGUAAAUCUCUCUUGUCGUAAUGAAGAAUACAAGGUAUCAGGGGAGGUGUUAUGUCGAUGACAGUUUCAGUUUGGUUAAUAUAUCUCAACUAAUACAAUACAGAGUGAUUUAUGACAAGUUCCAUAGUUAUAUCUUUAUCACAUGUAUAACCGGAAACGUCAUGACAGUAAUACACUGUUUAAGGACACAAGGUGUGUUCUAUUUUAACUUGAUAGAUAGAUAGAUAGAUUUAUUUAUCAAUCAAUAUUUUGUUUAAUUUUUUCUGGGAUUUUUUUUGUAGUAAAUUAUCACUAAUAAUUGACAAUUUUAAUCAUCCCUGUUCCAUCAAAUAAAGUAUUCUGCAGUACCACACUUACCAUAUUUGUAAUUGCAUGAAAGCAUGUUGUAUCAAUCCACCAUUUAACUAACCCUUUCACCUUCUAUAAAAUAGUUCCUGUUGGCUGAAAACAUAGCUCACUUAAUAACUUCUUGAAACAUGAAGUCUUAAGUUAUGUCAAUUUCAUUUGAAAACGGACUUUAAAAUUUGAUGGUUCAAUGUACCUGUGAAGUCUAUGAGCUGCCAUCAUUAUCAUUGUCAGUUGUUAUGCAAUAGACAUGAUUUCAUUAUUUCUCACAUACAAUCCAUUUCAGUUUUGUAUGACUUCAAUAAUAGUUUGUCCAUAAAAAUCCUAAUUUAUGUAGAUUAGUAUUGAUUGUAGGUCAUUUCUGCCAUUGUCUACUAUGGGAGCUUUGUCAUACAUUUACCAUACAUGGUUUACUGGUAUACAUCCUUAUUGUUAUUUUACUUGAAUCUAAAUAUCGAAUGGUUUUCAGAGAUAAAAUUACAUUGUAUCAUUAUCAAUAAAAGCUACAAUCAUUUAAUAA